UGGGCCAGGAGCAUGCGCAGUGCAAAGGAACUUCUGUAAUGGCUGCCAGAUGGUAUAAGUGAGACUCGAUACAGUUUAUCGUCUCCUGGAAAAAAAACUUUGGCUAUAACAGACCGUUAACAUUUAAUAAACCGAGUUAAAAUGGUGUAUGUCUGUACGGAGACAUACAAGAAGACUGUACUGAACAGUGAUAGAGUAAACUGAUAUUAUCUGGUGGCCAUGGCGGUGUGGGAGCGUGUGGAGGCCGUGCUGAACGUGGGCCUCCGGGUGCCCAGCAUCAUGCUGCUGGAGGUGCUGUACCGCUGGGAUGUCAGCUCUUUUUUCCAGAAGAUCCAGAGGAGCAGCCUGAACAACAACCCCAUCUUUCAGUACAAGUACCUGGCUUUGUACCUGCAUUAUGUAGGCUACAUCCUCAGCCUGGUGUUGCUGACUCUGCCACGGCAGCAUUUGGUGCGCCUCUACCUGUAUGUGCUCACCGCUCUGCUGCUAUUUGCUGGACACCAGCUCUCCAGGGAUUAUGUUCGUAGUGAGCUGGACUCUGGCUAUGAAGGUCCUCUGUACCUGGAUCCACUCUCCAUGAACCGAUUCACCACAGCUCUAAUUGGUCAACUGGUGGUGUGUACACUGUGCUCUUGUGUGAUGCAGACGAAACAGAUCUGGCUGUUCUCGGCUCACCUUCUCCCCCUGGUGGCCCGUCUGUGCCUUGUCCCUUUGGAAACCGUUGUCUUCAUUAACCGCUUUGCCAUGAUCUUCACUGGGCUUGAAGUGAUCUACUUCCUUGCAUCUAACCUGCUGGUACCCUACAACUUGGCCAAGAAUGCCUACCGGGAGCUUGCACAGGUGGUGGAGGUGUAUGGGCUGCUGGCUCUGGGUAUGUCUCUGUGGAAUCAGCUCGUCUUGCCCGUGCUCUUCAUGUGCUUCUGGUUGGUGCUCUUCACGCUGCAGAUCUACACAUACUUCAGCACGCGGGACCAACCUCCCUCACGCGAGAGAUUGCUCUUCCUCUUCCUUACCAGCAUCGCAGAGUGCUGCUGUUCUCCAUACUCACUGUUGGGGCUGGUCUUCACCGUGUCUUUUGUGGCGCUGGGCGUCCUCACACUCUGCAAGUUCUACCUACAAGGUUACCGAGCCUUCAUGAAUGACAAUGCCAUGCACAGGGGAAUGACAGAAGGAAUCACUUUGCUGAUUCUGUCUGUUCAGACAGGGCUAAUUGAGCUGCAGGUAAUCCACCGGGCCUUUCUCCUGAGCAUCAUCCUCUUUAUCGUUGUGGCCUCUAUUUUGCAGUCCAUGCUGGAGAUUGCUGACCCCAUAGUGCUGGCACUGGGGGCUUCCAGGGACAAGAGUCUGUGGAAGCAUUUCCGAGCAGUGAGCCUGUGUCUGUUCCUGCUGAUCUUUCCUGCGUACAUGGUCUACAUGAUCUGCCAGUUCUUUCAUAUGGACUUCUGGCUGCUCAUCAUCAUCUCCUCCAGCAUCCUUACCUCACUUCAGGUGCUGGGCACGCUGCUGAUCUAUGUGCUCUUCAUGGUGGAGGAGCUACGCAAGGCACCGGUUGAGAACAUGGAUGAGGUCAUGUAUUUUGUGAACGGCACCUAUAGAUUCCUGGAGUUUGUGGUGGCACUCUUUGUGGUGGCCUAUGGUGUGUGUGAGACGCUCUUUGGACAGUGGAGUGUGAUGGGUUCCACCAUCAUUCUGCUGCACGCCUACUACAACGUGUGGCUGCGGGCACAGCUCGGCUGGCAGAGCUUCCUGUUGCGUCGUGAUGCUGUACACAAGAUUCAGAGCUUGCCCACAGCCUCAGCACUGCAAUUACAACAGCACAAUGAUAUCUGCGCCAUUUGCUAUCAGGACAUGAAGUCAGCAGUCAUCACACCUUGCGGUCACUUUUUCCAUGCAGGCUGCCUGAAAAAGUGGCUUUACGUGCAGGAGUCCUGCCCCCUUUGCCAUGGCCCUCUCAAGAGCCAAUCACCAUCCACCAGCACUCCUGUCCCAGCUCCUCCUAAUACAUCACCAGCCAAUGCAACUGCAGAACAGGCAGAACAGCAAGAUUUAGUGGCCGUAGAGGAGGCAACACAAGCUGGAGAGGCCUUCCCAAAUGUUGCAACCCAAUCAAGUCUUCAAAGUUCAUCUGAGCAAGAGGUUAACAGUGGCAAAUUUCAAGAAGAAUCCUGCAAAUGUGAUUCAAAAGUGGAUAAAGAAAACAUGGAAGAGGCUAGAGCUAAAGAAGCGCCACAGUCCAUUUCAAGUGUCCCUCCAUCCCCUUAAGCAGAGCUGUGCUCUGUGAUUUUCUCAGUUUUGACAGUUCAGAUUUAUCACAGUCGCAGUCACAGUGGUGACAGUUCAGAUUUAUCACAGUCGCACUGUAAGGGUGCCAAUCCUGAGAAGUCCUCUAAUAAGAUGACUUAUUAAGAGUCCUGGAGGUUGAUGGUCUAAACAAGACACACCCACUUUUUUCCACGUUAUACACACAUUUCGACUGUUAUAAAUCCAUUGAAGGAAUCGUUUUUGGGUGCUGGUGAGUUUUUCAGGAUUGUGAAUUAUAUCUGUUUUUUAAAUUAAUCUUUCUAACUGAACUUUAAUUCCACAUAGGGGUGGAUUUUUUGUUGGAUUUUUUUUUUUUUUUUUUUUUUUUGGGACAAUUUGCCAUAAUUUCUUUAAACAGAGUGUUCAAAUGGUCCAUAACUUUCUAUUGCACUACAAAUGAACCACAUUUAUUUCAAGAUUUCUUAAACAUUCUAAAUAAGAAAAUUCUAAAUUCUAAAGUAGAAUUAAGAAAUGUUACAGUUAAAUAUUUUAGUGUACAUAUGAAAUUUUGAACUGAUUUUGACAGAUUCCUCAACCCCAGAACUUCAAUCUGGAUGCUCAGACAUCUGCAGGGUCAAACAGGAUGUUUCGCUUGUAUUAUCAACAGAGGCAAGCACUGGCAAAUUAUGUUGGAAUUAUUGCACUAUGUUAGCUGCUUUUGAGCCAUCUUAGCUUCUUUCAUGUCUACCAUAAGGGGCCUCACAGCUUUAAAUAAUUACCUGAGAAACAGGUAGACUUAUUGUAGUGGGGAUGUCAUUUAUAUGUAGCUUGAUGCCAUGCCAUCCUGCUGUGACUCUGACAUAUAUGCUUCCAAGUCAGCUCUGUCCUUACCAGCAUGUAAUCCUUGUGUACAUGAGCUACAGCCCCUCGAAUAUAUGUGUCCAUAUAUAUGUUCACGUAUAUAUAUGUGCACAUGUGUACAUAUGUACGCACAUAUACCUAUCUAUAUGUCUACAUCUGUACAUUUAUAAAAUACUUUAAAUGAGUUUUGUUGUUUGAUAUGCCGAACAGUAUUGAAGCAGCAUCAACCGUUAUGACGUAGCAUUUGGGUUCGUGGGAACACUUUGAUGUCCUCUACAGGUAGAAGUGGGAUUGAGCCUAAAGAUGCUGAACGGGGUUUUGCUGCUUCUUAAUGUCAGAUUGACAGUAUUAAGAUAUUUGGUCAAUUUGUGUAGAUGAAUACAUAUAUAAUGUAUGAACACAAACAACCAAAUGAAACUGAUGGUUAGUGAUGUCUUAAUUUUGCACUUUUUGGAAGAAAAAUAAAACACAAAAUUAAGUAGCAUUUCAA